AUGUUCAGUUACCUCAAGAAGCUCGAAGAAGAUAGCAGACGCCUUCAAGCUAUCACCACCCACAACCAGACUCCGGAAACCAACCCAGCAUUCACUCCUUUCGAUGAUCAAGAGACCCAAAUCGAUGCCCCUCCAUCUCUAUCAAAAGAAGAAAGCAAUCUCUUCAACCCACUCUUCGAUAGACAACCCGAAAAGCCCAUCCAUGAACGAUCCUCAGAGCCAGGCUUCAUCGGCGAAGCCUCAUGCGCUGCCUUCAGCAACAGACUCUUAUCAUGUCUCGACGAUACUUAUACCCCAUCGACAGCUGGUCUGUCAAACUAUCAUCGAAUGAAUGCAUACGGGAGACUGCCAGUAGAUCAAGGACCAGAAUUUCCAGAACGAAUGCACGUCAAGUUACUUCUAAAUGUUGCUAGACGAUUCAUAGGGAACUACCAUCCCUUGUUUCUGAAGGUUACCUUCAUGAAGGAGAUUGAUGCUGUUUAUCGAAGGGAAGUAGUGCCAUCAGCGCUGUGGCUUUGUAAAUUCUAUGCACUUAUGGCUUUGGGGGAGAUAUAUACGCAUAGAAGAGGAGUGGGUGACAACAACAGAGUGCCGGGAACGAACUACUAUGUUAGGUCUGUGAACCUGUUGCAAGAGAAUCAAGAUCUGUACGAGGAACCAUCUUUGAUGCAGGUUGAAGUACUCACACUAUUGGCCUGGGCCUCAAACAUACUAGGUCGCAUACGAACAGCAUACUGCUAUAGUGGGAUAGCCAUGCGUCUCGCCCAAAGCCUAGGCAUGCACAGGUCUGCAUCUCGACAUACCACGCUUACUCCUGUUGAGAGAGAAAGUCGACGGCGAACAUGGUGGGUGCUUUACUUCUUCGACCGCUUCUCAGCAUCAAAGCUUGGCCAGCCAAUCACUGUUCGAGACGACGACAUUGAUGUUGAGAUGCCAAGCAUGGAUGGUCUGACAAAGGACGAGAUGGCGGAGUUUCUUGACCCGCAGAAUCUCAUUACGAAUAUUAAGCUUGCUAGAAUCAUUGGAAACAUCUUGACACAUAUUUAUGGCAUACCUAAAGCUACGAACGGUCUCUAUAUACAUCAAGUCCAUGGUAUCUUGAAACAGCUUCGAGAAUGGCAUGACGAGCUACAGCCAGAUAUGCGCGUCAAAGAGAGAGGUACUCCUCGGCCUGUCGCAAGCCUUCAUCUCGCGUACAACCAAUGCAUUAUACAGACAACUCGCCCUGUUCUACUUCACCUGUUCAAGACACAGUUUCAGCUAGGCACUAAAGUGAGGGAAGAUGUAUCGCCACGACAGAAUGUCUCAUCUAUCACUCUUGCUUUAGCAGAGAGCUGUGUCAACGCUGCACAAGCAUCGAGCCGUAUCGUGGAAGGCUUGUUUUUAGAUGGCAGCAUCGCGACUUUUGGAUACUGGGAUGCACAUCACAUAUUCUCAGCAGCCAUGAUUCUCAUCAUGUCAGCAGUCAUGAAACCCACAGCCGUCAACUCAGAUCAUCUUGAGACCUUACUUAGUGUCUUACGAUCUCUCAAGAACGACGGCAACAUACCAGCAGUCGACUUUUGCGAGAGACUGUCAGAUAUUCAGGCUAGAGUGUUGAACCUACGGGCUACAGGCCGAUUAGAUGGUAUGAGCUUUGAUAGGCCACCACCGAUUAUACAAACCCCCAGUUCCAUGCCAAAGGAAGUUCCGCAAACUCAAGACCAAGUUUUCCAAACACCAAUGAGUAUGGACAAUGGAUCUGGAGCAUGCGAAUCUGCAAUUAUUGGCUACGAAAACGUCGAUAUACUGGGGAAUCCUCUUAUCGGCAGUUUCUUGGAUGGGAAUCAAGUACAGUGGCUAGAUGUUUUAUUCACGGAGGAUGGAACUUUAAGGGAAUUUGCUUCUGAGAUUGAAGAGCCAUUUCUAUUCAGGUAG